AUGGAUCCUAAGAAGGUUAGUGCAAAGGAUCGUGCUGAGAAGGAAAAGCUGAUUACGAUAGAAUUGAAGAAGGAAAUCAUUGAUAAACACGAGAGAAGAGUGCGUGUAGUGGACAUAGCACGUAAAUACGACCGAAGCACGUCGACGAUCUGUGCUAUCCUGAAGAAAAAGGACGAGAUCAAGGCCAUUACAACAGCAAAGGGUGUCUCCAGGUUCUCUAAGCAACACACAUCUGUCCACGAAAGGAUGGAAAAAUUGCUUCUCCUGUGGUUCAACGAGAAGCAACUCGCAGGGGAGACGAUUACGGAGACCAUCAUCUGCGAGAAAGCGCGACCGCUGUCUGGGGCUCUCCUGAAUCAGAACCCUGGAACAUCGAUGGAGGAGACAUUAGGAGACGCAUUUAAGAUCAGUCGCGGCUGGUUUGAUUAUUUCAAGAAGAGGACUGGUGUUCAUAGUGUCGUUAGGUAUGGAGAAGCAGCGAGUUCUGACAGGAAGGCAGCUGAAAAUUUCGUGCGUGAAUUCCGUCACCUCAUCGCAACUGAGGAGUACAUCGCACAACGGGUAUCCAGCUGUGAUGAAACUGGCCUGUUUUGGAAAAAGAUGCCCAGAAGAUCUGACAUAACUGCAGAGAAUAAAAUGCCAGGCCACCAGCCUAAAGAUAGGCUAACUCUCACCCUUUAUGCCAAUGCCAGUGGAGACUUGAAUGUUAAACCCCUCUUUGUCUACCAUUCCGAAAACCCAUGA